UCGGUCCAUUUAACUGUAUGAAAAUGCGCUCGACGUGAUCAGUCAGUGUGUAAGAUGUGUGGGCAGGUGGAGGUGCCAUUGCGCGUGUAGGAGGCACCGAUUUAGUUUCGGGAUCAUCUCCAUGCACUUCAUCCGCUUUAACCCGCUCCUGUCCUGCGCAACACAAAGCCAACUUCUUCUAUUCGGGGCUGAAGUUUCUUUCUGUAACGUCUGGACAGAUAAGCAAAGCGCUCGAAUUACUGCUGGAUACACAGGCUGUAAUUACAUUGGAGUAAAUUAUAAAACAAGUCUAUUAUAUGGCUGUAUGACGAGAGGUAUGUGUGCAAUACGCAACGAUCCAACAGUGUCAGAAACAGAGAAUGCUGAGGCUUUUUACAGGAUCAACUGGUUUCCUUAGGCGUCGCUUUCUAGGAUCUUUCUGUUAACUUUGCACAAUGGACCACAGGACUUGUACGAUUCUGUUCUCAUGUCGCGUCUUGACGGAUGAAGGCAGAGCAACAAAUCUGUUUCAAAAGUCCUUAUGACAAACUCAGCAUCAAAUACUUGUUCUAGGAGAAGUAUUUUAUUUAUUUGAGAAGCGUGCGUUUAUCAAGAAUACACCUACGUGCCACAUUGCACACUUUAGUGUAUGGUAAAGUUCCGCAAAGAGAUCUGUACGCUAACAUUGCACUAAAAUAACAGAAGAAGAUUUUUUUUUUUUUUUUUUUUUUUCUGGAGUUUAUCGGAAUCCCGUUAGUUCAUAUGGGAUUGAGGCACUCAUCACGGUGCCUGCUCCUGCGCAGAAAGAUGGCGGAGGCUGAGAGCUCAGAGAAGCAGCAGCAGCGGCAGCAGAGCUCUGGCAACCCCCCGUCCUCACACCCUCCCCCUAUGUCUAAACCCAUGGCAUCAGUUCAUCACGUUCCUCGUCCCCCUCACACCCCACACGUCUCAGCACUCUCCACCUGCCCUGGACGUGGAAAAAUGGCAAAACUCCUCAAUCCAGAGGAAAUGACCUCACGAGAUUACUACUUUGACUCAUACGCCCACUUUGGCAUUCAUGAGGAGAUGUUAAAAGACGAGGUGAGGACAUUAACCUACAGGAACGCCAUGUACCACAAUAAACACAUUUUUAAGGACAAGAUUGUUCUAGACGUGGGCAGCGGAACAGGAAUCCUCUCUAUGUUCGCUGCUAAAGCAGGAGCCAAACACGUCUAUGGGAUUGAAUGCUCAAGUAUAUCAGAAUACUCGGAGAAAAUCAUCAAAUCUAACCACCUGGACAAUGUUAUUACCAUCUUUAAAGGGAAAGUGGAGGAGACUGAACUGCCUGUGGAUCAGGUGGACAUUAUUGUCUCUGAAUGGAUGGGAUACUGCCUUUUUUAUGAGUCUAUGCUGAAGACUGUCAUUUACGCCCGGGACAAAUGGCUGAAGCCUGGAGGUUUCAUGUUCCCGGAUAGAGCAACAUUACAUGUGGUGGGCAUAGAGGACAGACAAUACAAAGACUUUAAAAUCCACUGGUGGGAGAAUGUUUAUGGUUUUGACAUGACCUGCAUUCGCAAUGUUGCAAUGAUGGAACCACUGGUUGAUAUCGUGGACCCGAAACAAGUGGUGACCAACUCCUGUCUUAUUAAGGAGGUGGACAUCUACACAGUAAAGUUGGAGGAUCUGACCUUCACCUCAGCCUUUUGCUUGCAGAUCCAGAGAAAUGACUACAUCCAUGCUCUUGUCACCUAUUUCAACAUUGAGUUCACCAAGUGUCACAAGAAGACCGGCUUUUCCACAGCCCCUGAUGCUCCUAGUACUCACUGGAAGCAGACAGUGUUUUACCUAGAGGAUUACCUGACAGUGAGAAGAGGGGAGGAGAUCCUGGGCAGCAUCGCAGUCAAGCCCAAUGAAAACAAUGAGCGUGACUUGGACUUCACCUUUGAGCUGGAUUUCAAAGGACAGCUUUGUGAUGCAGCUAUUUCUCACGACUACAAGAUGCGGUAGGACUCCAACUGAGGGAGAUGUUCCCUAACAGCUUGACCAACCAGACAACGGUGCAGGAGGCUGUUAUAUGCUCUGACCAAACAAGAGAGACCAGCAGGAGAAUAUGAGACCAGUGUGAAUCACGUACAAAGAGCAAUAGUGUCAUCAGUCCUCCAGUUUUGCAAAACUACCAGUCUGUGAGAGAGCACCACUUUGAAUGUAAAUGUCAAUGACCUUGAGAAUGUUUUAGUUGUUAUUUAUUUAAAUAAGAAAGCAUGACAGCCAGUGCAGUGUUGAAUAGUAAUCUUAAAGGUACUGUAAUAAAAAAAUGAGGCAUCAAAAAGAUGAGCACAGUAAAAAGAUUUACAGAACGAGUAUACUGUAAACUAAGCAUGGGGUAAGUUAUUAAAAGUGAGACGUUCGAGUUUGUUUGUUUUCAAAUACUUAAAAUAUUAUGUUUAAGGCUCUCAUUACUAAACAUAUUUAAUUGUUACUUCUGUUUUGUUUUGUUUUUUGAUUGAAUGAUUUAUAUAGUAAUUGGCAUGUUUUAUUCUUCAUGAUGAUUUUUUUUAAGUAAUCAAAAUUAUUUCUUUGGCCUAA